GCUUGGUAGGCCAGUCCUUCUAUUACAGGUUAAACAAGUUAGCACUUCAGGUGACUACAGCUCAGAACGAAAGGACUUUACAAAGCACUGUCAUAUCUGAUAGGAAAAAGCACUGGACACAGGACAUCGGACAUCGGUAUGUAACCCUGCUUAACAUUACUUUCAUUUAAAAGUAGCAAAACAAAUAGUAGCAAACAACACAUCUAUGUACCUUUAAGCCUACGUAGACGUAUUUCCUAGUUAAUGUACAUGUGAGGGCAGAACAAAAGUGUCUAUCCGAGUGUCAGGGCAUUAAUGCUAAUAUUAAGGGGUAAAGAGACUGGCUUGUGUUAGUAUGACGUUAUCAGAAAGUGACGGUGGUGGUAAAUGUCCAUGUAACCUAUUUCGAAAAGGGCUCACGAAUUCCUGUGAUCAAUCAGCCAAUAUGUUUACGCAGAUCUUUAACCCAACUGGAUUUACCACUAAGACCAGUGGUAUUUAAAUAGUGUAACUCAAGUUCAACUACAACUCCCAUGUAUCCUUGCCAAGCAAGAACGCAAAAAGUAGCCCGUAAAAAUCCACAGGAAUAGUAGUUUGUUAGCAUAGCAGCCAGGGGUCUUGUAUAGGAAUACCCUUGGCCCAGAAUUAAUUUAUUAACAGACUAAUAAAAUUGUGACAUUUGUCAAUAAUAAGGAAACUCUAAUAUGGUGUGUGUGUGUGUGUGUGUGUGUGUAUAUAUACAUACACACACAUCUACCAUAUUAGUGAAAAAGAGGCAAUAUUUUUUUUUCUCCAAGUAAUUGUGUAACAAGAGAAGACGUGUUGGGUGAAUAUUUACAAAUUUGGGAUUAAGUGGUUAAUGAACCACAUCGCAAAUCUUACCUGCCUGUCAAGUAACGCUGUUAUUUACAUUUCCUCUGUAAAACCAUUGUUUGGCAGUUGGGGUGAGAGUUGGUUUAUUGAACAGAGAAUCAAUAUAUUUGCCCAGCUCCCAGAAGUAUCAGUUGAGGCUGUAAUGGGAAAAAAAGAACACUUAUCUAGUGUUAUGCUACUUUUAAAUUUUAACUUGUAUAGUGCUUUAUGCUACUUUUAACUUUACCUAACCCUCUCUCACCCAGACACUGUUAAACAUAGUCUCACUCUCUAGAACUGUAUACAUGUUACAUAGAUCUGUUCUAUAUUAUAGCUGAAUUUUGAAGUGAGUUAAAUUAUUUUUUACUCCGAAUGUCGGGAGUGGUGUGACGUAGGACAUAUUAAGGCGUAUGAGGAAUUUUGUGAACCUAGUCUUCUCACCUGAUGAAUAUUAUUAUGGCUUGCAUCCAAGGGGUUAACAGACUGAAACUAACAGCCUGUCAGGGUUACUCACUAAAUGAGAAUACAAAGUGAAUUUCAAAUAAAAGUUCGUCAGAUAACGUUUAACACUUUUUUUUCCCCUCCAAAUAUUAAAAUAUCAAAUAUUAAAACAUCUAGAUAUUAAAUGUUGUAAUAUAUAUAUAAAAGCAAGGCCUAUAAUUAAAUGAAUGAUUUCUAUUUAAAAUUACUACUAAAAAGAUCGUUUCAUAGCUACAUAAGAAAUUUCACAGGGAAGUGAAACUACAGUUUUGCCUUGAUAAAUAAAAGGGUGAACAUAUUAUAUAUUAUUUAUAUAGCGCCAGCAAAUUCCGUAGCUUUGUACAACAUAUCUAAAUAUGCAAAUCCCCCUUCCUCCAGCCUUUUGUCAAUAACACAAUAAUGAAACAUUUGAAUAAGCAGUGUAACAUUAGCAAGUGCAUGUUAAUUGGAAGGUAAACAAAUAAUAUUCUUUUGAGCAAAGAUGUCUGUAAAAGGGGAAAGAAUGUGCAAUGAUUGAGAUGUAGCCUCCGAAUAUUUCCACUUUAAAAAAAAAAUCAUUUGCCAUGAAUAAUGAUAGUUCCCUGUAAGAAUUGACUAAACUGACUUUCACACGCAUUAAACAUAUUUUACUCUUUGGAAAUAUGACUCAGUUUAGGUGUUACUAUUUCAAUGUCUUGAUAAAAUAUUCCUUCUGCAGCAGCAGGAACUGUCUGGCAGACUGGGGGGAAGAAAUUGGUAUUUGCACCAACUCUUCUGAGCAAUUUAAAGGGACUCUAUAUAGUCACCCAGACCACUUCAGCUCAAUGAAGUGGUCUGGGUGCCAGGUCCCUCAGGUUUUUUUUUUCAAUUUGACAAUUUUUAUUUUGUCUGAACUUGGGGUACAGAAAAAAGAGGGGGGGUUAGAGGGGGAAGGAAAAGCACAAUAUGCUGGCAUGAUAUGGUAUACAGUACAUAGAUACACAAGUACAAAGAUACGAUACAUAAUUACAAUGCAUAGAUACAAUACUCCCGUUUCCGCUAUGUGUGACACAUGGAGCCCUGCUUCUACCCGCCUUAAUACUUCAGUUCGGACAAGUUGUCCCUGUUGGAGUUUCCCCUAAGUGGGAGCUUGGUGCCCGAUGUCCCUUUGUGUGCGUAAAUGUAAAUGUAAAUGUAAAUGUAGGCCUGCUGAGCCUGAGGCUCCGUCCUUCGUGUAGUAACUCAUAAGAAUGAAAGGGGGGUGGUGUGGGGAUUAGUAGGAUCUGGCCACCUCUCUUCCCAUCAGUCCUUGUGGAUAUACCAAUCCACUCUUAGUCUCAGUGCUUGAGGGUUUUAGGAGUCUGUUGUUUGGUCCCUCAGGUUUUAACCCUUCACACAUAAACAUAGCAGUUUCAGAGAACCUGCUAUGUUUAUAUAGCAGUGUUAAUCCAACCUCUAGUGUCUGUCUUCCUGACAGCCGCUAGAGGCGCAUCUGCGACGCUGGAUGCGAAAUUCGCAUCCAAAGUGCAGAACAUCCAUAGGAAAGCAUUGAGAAAUGCUUUCAUAUGGACUGUUUGAAUGCGCGUGGCUCUUGCCGCGCAUGCACAUUCCGCUCCACUCGGGAGCUGACGUCGGCAGGGGGAGGAAAGGUCAUCAGCGCUGAGGGAGUCCGGCGCUGGAUUAAAGUAAGCUCCUGAAGGGGUUUAACCUUUAACCUUCAGCGUCAAGGGAGGGGGACCCUGAGGGUGGGGGCCCCGCUUUGUUUUCCUGACACAGUGAUCCUUUAAUUUAGCUGUAUAGGCAUAACUGUCCAAAGGAUCAUUUAUUCCCCCAGUUGCACUAAGGACAGACAAGAUAAGCCAAAUACACGUUAGAUGUGUACGUUAAAGAACACUAUGGUGUCAGGAAUACAAAUGUAUACCUGACACUAUAGUUGUAAAAGCGUUGUUUAGGUGUUCAGCCCCCCUGGUGUGCGAUUAAAAAGGUAUUUUGCUCACCUUAUUCAACUAGUCUUGUCACAGCUGGCUCCACCUCCUUGGUUAAGAUCAUCAAAUUUGACAAUCUCAGCCAAUCCAAUGCUUUUUCAAAGGGAAGCUUUGGGAGGCUUUUGUGCUGCACCAAUCAGCAUCUCUCCAUAGAGAUGCAUUGAAACCAAUGCAUCUCUAUAGGGAAUGUUCAGCGCCUGCAUGCAAAGUGUGGAGACACUGAACAUCAGUGCUGCACAGUGUGCAGCACUGAUCCAGGAAACACCUCUAGUGGCCAUCUGAGUGACUACUACUAGAGGUAUUCCUAGGCAGUAAUGUAAACAAUGUAUUUUCUCAUUAAAAAGCCUGCAGAGACAUACUAUACACACCAGAACAACUACAUUAAAGGGACAUUAUAGGCACCCAGACCACUUCAUCUCAUUGAAGUGGUCUGGGUACAGUUUCCCUAUUGCCCUUAGCCCUGCAAUGUAAACAUUUUUAGUUUUUGAGAAACUGCAAUGUUUACUUGCAGAACUAAUACUGCCUCUAGUGGCUGUCUAGCAGAUGGCCAGUAGAGACGCUUCCUGCUUGCUAGGCGGCCUUUGGUUGCCUAAUUGAUGCUGGAAAUCCUCACGCUCUGCAUGAGGACAUCCAGCGUCAAUUAAAAGCACAUAGGAGGAGGCGGAGCAUCCACCCAGCGCCGACGGACAUUGGUGCUGAAAUUGGGUAAGGCUUGUAUUACUAACACUAUUAAAUUCAUUUAAGCUGUUGUUAUUCUGGUGACUAUAUUGUCACUUUUAAAUAUAUCUGGUGUGGUACAAACAUCAGUUAUCUACCCUACAGGUCCAAAUAGGAUGCUCUUGCGUAGUAUACGCCAUAUUUAGAAGAAAUCCAUUGAACUAGUAGAAACCACCACGAUUAAUUCAAAGAUAUUAUUUGGCAGUUUGCUAAUUCCAACUGUUGGGCAGCAUUUUGCAUCUACUUCCUAAAACCACCCGAGUCUUAUAGAUAGCUGAGAAUACAUGGCUAGGUGACACCCUUCAGAUAUUUAGAACUGUGAGGUAGAGCGAAAAAUAGAAUGCAAGGUCCUUCUGGCAGAAUGUACAGGGGAUAACCAUUCUCAUUUUGAAUUCCAUUUUCAACUUUGCUUUCACAAGCUCCCAUUCUAUUUUAUACCAUUCAGUCUGUCCCCAAGAGCUUGUAAUCUAUUUAAACCCCAAGGGUGGUCUUCAAGAGCUUUCAUUCUAUUUUAUACCCCACAAACUGUUUGUCUAUUUCUCUAUCAGCAGUAAAACAAAGCACAACCGUGCUAAAAUAAUAGUGUCACGUGGUCCUUUAAUCACAUAAUACUCUGUUUAUAGAUAUGAAACACAUUGAGGAAUGAAUGCCAUGAAUGAUAUAUUUUAUUUGUAUGCUUCUUGUUCCAAUUAAAUGUUCAGUAUGCCUUGUUAAGCUCGACAUUUAGCUAACAUUAAUACCCACACAGUGGUUUCAUCAUAAAGGUGUGGUGCUUUAAUACGUCUUCCCAGAACUAAUAACACCUUUUAUAUUUUUUAAAGAUUAAACAAUUUCCUGAAUGAGUGGGGUGUGUCGGGAUAGGUGUAGGCCUCAGCCAUAUGAAUCCAUCAAUCAUGGUUUGAAGCUUCAUAAUACACUCAAUACACUGGCAGGAAGGACUACGAGCGAGAAAGAUGGGUGCUAGUUGGAUACUCUCUGACUGAGGGUAAUGAGAGUUAAAGUAAACGGGGGUUACAAACUACAAGUGGAGCAAUCUCUAUGGAAACCAAUGGAAUGUUUCUGCUGAAUAAAUUAUAAAAUUAUUUUAAAAAAAUAAAAAAAUUCCAUGGAAUUGCUAUUUAUACAUUUUCCAAUUUAUUUAGAGGUUUUUUUUUUGUCCAUCAAUUUUUAAAAGAUGAUGUUGGCAUAGUACAGACAGACAAACAGAACCAGCAUAUAUCCGCGUAUUAGUAUUAGUAUUAGUGAUUCUGGUAGCUAGAUAGAUCUAAUUUUUAUAAAGUAAUAAAAGGAUUGUCGGUAUAUCUGGAGUCUGGUAGGGCUUAGAAUACCACUCAAAAUUAGGCUCACGAGCCCAAUUUCAGGCUUGAUCUACCAGUUGGCUAUAGAAAAACAGAAUUUUAAAUUACAGCAAUCCCGAUAUAUUAUUAACUUCUUGAUGUAUCAGAGGAGCUAUAGUGAAGUGCGUCUCUCUGCCCCGCACAAUAUUCUAUGCGUUUUACCAGCAAUCAUGCAUUAAAUUUACUCACUAAGCAGUGAAAUGUAGUGAAUUGAAAGAACAAAAUUAAAAAACAUAACUGCAAACGUUACCUUUAAAUAUGUUGGUUGGAAAUAAAAUUCUGCAGUUAAGUUUCAGUCCCAUAUUUUAUAUUUAUAAAUUUUAUACUGAACUUUGAAAUUCAGUUUUCAUAUCAUUACAAUUCUACUGAGAUUUUUGUCCCAUUUAGUUUUUUUGAGAUUUGCAGCUCUAAGUCUGCCUCCGGUGGCUGUCUUCUAAACAGUCACUGGAGGUGCUUCCUGGAUCGUAACGGAACUUUGGUCCGAUAAAUGACGCUGACUGUCCUCACGCUCUGCUGGAGGCAGAGGGAGCUUUUGUGCCAGGAAUACAGCUUUGUAUUCCUGGCACUAUAGUAUCCCUUUAACAUAUAUGAACGGAGCAUAUAUUACCAGUGGUAACAGGCAUGAUUUGAUUGGAGAAAUAGAGGGUCAGCUGUUUUCCGAGACUAGAAACUGAUAGGAUAUUUGAUGUGUUCUGUGUGGUUGUUCUAUGGCUGCAAUGUUCCUUGUUGUAUUAGAGCUGAAAUGAACACUCCAAGCACUAUAACCACUACAGUACAGCGCCCUGUGUCCUGGUACCCCUUCAGUGUAAGUAGUCAAAUUAAAUAAGUAAGAUUUGAUAGUUUACCUUGUGUCUGCCUGACGCCCACAACCGCCUCCUCUGCAGUCAUGAGUUACUGCAGUGAGUUAAACGCAACUGAGCAGGGCUGUGCUUAUUGGCUGAGAGUGCGUGCUAGGUCUUAGUUAAGUGGAGCUUAUGGUAUCUUCAAACAGAAGCUCGCAGCUACAUGGGAGGCACUAAUGGGCACCCAGCGAACCUCAGGUAAAUGGUUAAACAAUUCUUAAAAGUUUUGACUACUAGUCUGCGGAGGGCAGUAGUAGUUAUGGUAAUUUAAAUGUUUAUUUGAGAAAUACAUUUCUGAAACUGGACAUUAUAGAAGGUGUGGGAGAUGGACUGAGCAUAUUGCCCAUGUAGUGUGAUGUGGUUUGUAGUGUAUUGCCAAGAGGGUGCGAGGAGCAGCAGUGAGUUUGCUGCUCAGGUAGUGUGUGUUAUAGGAGGUGUGAGGAGCUGCAGUGAGUUUGCUGCUCAGGUAGUGUGGGUUAUAGGGGGUGUGAGGAGUUGCAGUGAGUAUGCUGCUCAGGUAGUGUGGGUUAUAGGAGGUGUGGAGAGAUGCGGUGAAUAUGAUGCUCAGGUAGUGUGUGUUAUAGGAGGUGUGGGAAGCUGGAGUGAGUGUGCUGCUCAGGUAGUGUGGGUUAUAGGAGGUGUGGGAGCUGCAGUGAGUGUGCUGAAGCAGCUGAGUGUGCUGCUCAGGUAGUGUGGGUUAUAGGAGGUGUGGGAGCUGAGUGAGUGUGCUGCUCAGGUAGUGUGGGUUAUAGGAGUGAUGCAGUGUGCUGCUCAGGUAGUGUGGGUUAUAGGAGGUGUGGGGAGCUGCAGUGAGUGUGCUGCUCAGGUAGUGUGGGUUAUAGGAGGUGGGGAGCUGCAGUGAGUGUGCUGCUCAGGUAGUGUGGGUUAUAGGAGGUGUGGGAGCUGCAGUGAGUGUGCUGCUCAGGUAGUGUGUGUUAUAGGAGGUGUGGGAAGCUGGAGUGAGUGUGCUGCUCAGGUAGUGUGGGUUAUAGGAGGUGUGGGGAGAUGCAGUGAGUGUGCUGCUCAGGUAGUGUGGGUUAUAGGAGGUGUGGGGAGCUGCAGUGAGUGUGCUGUUCAGGUAGUGACGGUUAUAGGAGGUGUGAGGAUCUGCAGUGAGUUUGCUGCUCAGGAAGUGUGGGUUAUAGGGGGUGUGAGGAGUUGCAGUGAGCGUGCUGCUCAGGAAGUGUGGGUUAUAGGGGGUGUGAGGAGUUGCAGUGAGCGUGCUGCUCAGGUAGUGUGGGUUAUAGGAGGUGUGAGGAGCUGCAGUGAGUGUGCUGCUCAGGUAGUGUGGGUUAUAGGAGGUGUGGAGAGAUGCGGUGAAUAUGCUGCUCAGGUAGUGUGGGUUAUAGGAGGUGUGGGGAGCUGCAGUGAGUGUGCUGCUCAGGUAGUGUGGGUUAUAAGAGGUGUGGAGAGAUGUGGUGAAAAUGCUGCUCAGGUAGUGUGGGUUAUAGGAGGUGUGGGGAGAUGUAGUGAGCGUGCUGCUCAGGUAGUGUGGGUUAUAGGAGGUGUGGGGAGCUGCAGUGAGUGUGCUGCUCAGGUAGUGUGGGUUAUAGGAGGUGUGGGGAGCUGCAGUGAGUGUGCUGCUCAGGUAGUGUGGGUUAUAGGAGGUGUGGGGAGCUGUAGUGAGUGUUCUGCUCAGGUAGUGUGGGUUAUAGGGGGUGUGGGGAGAUACAGUGAGCGUGCUGCUCAGGUAGUGUGGGUUAUAGGAGGUGUGGGGAGCUGCAGUAACGUGCUGCUCUGGUAAGGGUACUAUUCACUGAAUGGUAACCUUACUGCAGGCAAAGGUAAAGCCACAGUAAGGUUCACAAUUCACUUUAUUAACCCAUUUGGCUAUUUAGACAAACUUGGUUAUUUAAAUAGAAUUUGUACUUCCAUUGCAACUGAAUUGUAGAUAAACUGCAUUCACUUGGUUGUUCCAAUUCCUCUAAUACAGACCAGGGGAAUUGCCUCCCCAAUCCUACAUCUUAUUAAUUCUAUUCCAAAUUCCCCUUAAAGGGACACUUUAGGCACCCAGACGAUUUCAGCUCAUUAAAGUAGUCUGGGUGCAUAUUUCCAGGUCCCUUUAACCAGCAAAGGUAAUUAUUGCAGUUUUUAAGAAACUGCAAUAAUUACCUGUUCAGGUUUACUCCACCUCUAGUGGCUGUCUACCAGGCAGCCAAUAGAGGGACUUGAGGGUAGUUAGGCGACUUUUGGUCUCCUAACCGACACUGGUCAUACUCACGCUAUGCAUGACGACAUCCAGCGUCACCCAAAUCUCCAUUAGAAAGCAUUGUAUAAUAAGUGCGAGCGCUCCCACUGCUACACAUGCGUAUUCAGUUUCCCCCACCAGCUGACGUCGGCGAGGGAGCAGCGGAGGUGGACCCAAACCUUGUCUCUUACACUAGUGGAAUUGUUUAGUUGUCUGUAACACAGAAAUUCCACUUCAAUUUGGCAGAGCUAUAUUAAAAUUAAUCUCAAUGCAGCAAUGAGAGCCAUUUGAACAUAGCAGGGUUUCAUUCAGUUCAAUUUGGUUAGAUUUCACUCUUAUAACGAGGAGGCUUGCAUGAGAGGUCCCCGAGUUGGAUGGAUGUGGUCUAUAUUACGCUCCUAACUGAUCACCCUAUAUUGUUGCUCUGGUGUUCCACUUCUCUGAAACACUUGAGCCACUAGAGGUGCUUCCGUGAGUUUACCGAACUCUAGGUCACCUAACUGACGCUGGACGUCCUCACGCUCUACAUGAGAACAUCCAGUGUCUGUAAAAUCCCAGUUGGAAAGCACUGAUUCAGUGCUUUCUUAUGGGUAGGACCGCCAGUCGGAUGAUGUCGGAGGAAGCUGAGCACUGACCCAACGCCAGGGGAGAUUGUCGCUGCAAUUGGGUGAGUAAAUAAAUUUUUAACACUUAAUAUGACAAGGGGGGCUGCAAGGGAGGGCGGGACCAGUGGGCACUAUGGUGUUAGAAAUACAACUUUGUUUAUGUACGUUACAUCUCCAGUCUGAUAUAUGAUUUCUGGUUUGUUUGUUUUUUGCCUGAUGAGAUUCCACUUGAAUCAAUCACUAUACUAGCAUACGCAUUGUUGCUGCUUAUUUAAUUAGUUGUUCAUCCAUUAAUUCCUAUUCCAUUUAUUUAAUCAGUAGGUGAAAUGCAAAGAAGAUAACAGAACAGGGAAUGACUGAGACCUGUAAAUUGGUCACUCACAAUAGCUGGUUUCUACAAUUUAGAGAAAACAUCUACAGUUUCACAUGGUUGCUCCAGAUUACUCCCAAAAAACAGAGAAUAUGGAAAAGAAAGCAUUAGAAACCGUAAUUGGUGCUGGAGUGUCCACCCAACCAAACAUGAGUUUAGCUGAGGCAAAUUUGACCAUGCCUUCAGAUGAACCUUCGUCACCUGCACCGAGACUUCCAAGACGAAGUGCUUCAGGCAAAGCACAUCCUCAAACUUCUGGAAAGUUGGAGACACCAGACCUUCAAAAGAAGUCAAAGACAGCUGGCUUUUGUGAUGUUGAUUUGGCGAUAGAACCUGAACCAAAGGGUCUAGAAGGUGUAAGAAAUACAGAUUUAAUUGAGAUGGAAUGUGAGCUUGAACCUCAGAAGAAAAACAAACAUUUUACAAAUGGUUUUGCAGACAGUACAGAAGAACUCAUACUUUGUGAUAACGAACAAUAUAAAACUGGGCGUGGUGGCCAAGUAAUGCAACUGGUGAAUCUCAAGAACACCAGUGAUGAACACUGCAGGAAAAAUUAUGGUGGCACUUGCCUUUGCCAAGAAUGUGUACAAAACUAUUGUGCUAAUAACGUCCAACAACCAGAGAAGAAAGAGGGUGAAAAAGCUGUGGACUUAUCGUGCACAGACAAUGACUCUUUGAAGUCUGACAUGGACAGGAGUAGAAGUGGCUCAGAGAGGUCAAAGUGCGCUAACUCAUCAGAAGGAGAAAAUAUGAGUAGCAAGUAUGAAGACACCCAGGUAACUUUGCUCUAUCCUGAUAAGAGCAAGCCGCCCGACAGUAUCACAAGACUGAGCAAUGCAGGACUCUAUGAGCCCAGUGAAGACCAAACAAAAAUGAGUGAGACAAAGAACUGUGAAGAAAAGCAAGAUGUUGGUCCACAAACUGUGUACCCUAAUGUCUGUGUCCAACGUCAGUGUUCAGAGAACAACACUAAGCAGUUCCACUGUGUAAAGGUGGAUGUUGACAAAGGAGAACAUGAGCAAGUGCCAUUACUGGAAUCCCAACAAUCUACAGUGGAAACCAUUUACAAUGGACAAGAUUGUUUCAAGUGCAAGAGCAGCUGUGUGAAAAUUGUGGUGUCCUUCCUUAUCUCCGUUCUUAUUUUCCCAGCUUUCCUCUAUGUGACAUACCGUUGGCUGCCUUUUGAUGCCCCAAAGAUGCCAGACAUUCCCACAAGGCUAGUCUACACUUUGCGGUGUGGAGCUUUUGCCUCUUUUCCCAUUGUUUUGGGUAAGCAUCAAUUAUAAAACAAAAUGUUUUUGGGAAUUCAGAUUCCUUGUCCCAGGACCAACAUGGUUUGUUAAUUUCAUAUACUGAGUUAGUACAUAACUAAUACUUAAUUCAACUUAAUUUAAAACACAGGUUUUCUGAGUCAGUCUAUCACACGAUAAAUACUUUAAAUGCUUGCUUAAAUGGACACUAUAGUCACCCAGACCACUUCAGCUCAAUGAAGUGGUCUGGGUGCCAGGUCCCCCAGGUUUUAACCCUUCAGUUGUAAACAUAGCAGUUUCAGAGAAACUGCUAUGUUUACAUUGCAGGGUUAAUCCAACCUCUAGUGGCUGUCUUCCUGACAGCCGCUAGAGGCGCUUCUGCGACGCUGGAUGCGAAAUUCGCAUCUAGCGUGCAGAACGUCCAAAGGAAAGCAUUGAGAAAUGCUUUCCUAUGGACUGUUUGAAUGCUCGCGCAUUCCGCUCCACUCGGGAGCUGAUUUCGGCGGGGAAGAGAGGUCACCAGCACUGAGGGAGCCUGGAGCUGGAUAAAGGUAAGUGGCUGAAGGGGUUUUAGCCCCUUAAGCGCCAAGGGAGGGGGACCCUGAGGGUGGGGGGGUCCCAAGGAUGCUAUAGUGUCAGGAAAAUGAUUUUGUUUUCCUGACACUAUAGUGAUACUUUAAAGAGCAUGUUGACUUCUACGCAUGGUGGACUCAUUAUGUGAGGGCAUUUGCCAGUAAAGGCAAAAGCGCAAUAUCACCAUAGCAGCCCAGACAUCAUGACCAACAAGUGAAAAGGUGGCGAGAUAAAAUGCCAAGAAUGGUAAUUGUAAAGCAUAGCUUUGUUUUUUUUAAAGUUGCUUCUUUCUUUUUAGGUGUUAUGAUCCACGGAAUAUCUCGAACCUGCGUCUCCUCCUUUGAUCCAUUUAAACCACAAGAGAGGGAAGUGAAAAUCCACCGUCGUUUUGUGAAGCAGAGCACCUUUCUGUUUGUUCUAUACUUCUUUAACCUGUCUGUCUUGGCCACGUAUCUUCCUCAGGAUUAUCUGAAGUGUAUUCCACUCCUGACUGGCCUCUUUGCUCUGUCUCAGUAAGUGAUGUGUUUAUGGAUACUCUAGUUAGACAAGGGUCCAGAUGUAUUUUUAUAGACGUGUCCAGCACUGAAGGUACACUCUAAGAACCAAAAACAAUACUCUUAAUGUACUGGUGUUGGUGCAUAAAUGCUGUCCCUUUUUCUCUAACCAUGUUUCUGAGAAACUGCAAUGCUUACAUUUGGUUUAGCCAGAUGGCCACAUGAAAACUUCCUUCUUCAGAUCUUUAGAUUUUCAUAGGACUUCAUGUUUGAUGUUAUCACACACAGCAGGAUGAGGCUGAACAUGGCUGAAAUUGGGUAGUGGUCAUCAAUUCUGGUGACUUCACUGUGCCGCAGAGAAACAUGUCAUGGCACCAAAACCACUACAGCGCAUUGUAAAGAUUACAUGGCAUAGCACCGUUUAGUAACCUCUUGACUUCUUACCUUGGGUCCACUGCGUGCUACUCCACACCUCCUCUCUGCCAGGAAAGCAGGAAGUUCUAGUGCAGGGCAAGCUCAUUUGCUGAGGGGCAGGUAACCUUCGCGAACUCUAUAUGUUGUGGACUACAUCUCCCUUGAUGCUUUUCAGCAUUAUGGCUGUAAGAGCCCUAUGGGAGAUGUAUUUCAAAACAUCUGAAAUGCCACAUUUUGCCUAACCUGGACUCCAAGCAUCAGUUGAUUGCUCUUUGUCAAUGAGCUAGGCCCUGUACUGCUGGUUUAGUUCAAUGAAGAAAGUUUCCAGCAUAGACGAGAUGUGGUUUGGCCACUGGUAGACCGCAUGUAAGUAGCCAAACCUUUACUAAAUGGUUUGACUCUUUACAUUUGGGCUCCUAUCUACUUGAGAAAUAGUGGCCAUGGUGCUUGAAGUGUCCCUUUAAAGGUGUUUUGAUGUUGAGAUCUUCCAAAGCAGGUCAACAAAGCCUGGUGUUCACUUUAUAUGUUCUCAAAAUCAGCUUGCUAUUGUGAAGUAUCGCUGUACACCCCAUCAUUUUGACCACACUGAUGCAUAUUAACAAAAUACUGAAUCUUUUAUAGAAAUUUUAUGUAAAAGCAGAUGUUUUAAUAAUUCCUUCUAAUGGGUUUUAUUUCCAGUUAUUUUGUACGUGUCUGCUACUUAAAUAUCUGUGACUCAUGCCUGCUUCCUCUCUGAUUAGAAACUUCAUCUGGAUCUCAUUUCAUGUUUGGACAUAACUUGCAUGGAGGGCACACCAUGCAAAAACUGUCAAUAAUCAAGCACAUACAACGAAAUAAUAAAUUAAUAAACAAGGGAAAGGUGCUCUCACAACCCCCGGUGCCCACAGGGUUAAUCAAAGAGGAACAAGCUGUAUAAAAAAAAUAAACCUUUAUUACAAUCCUGCUAAGAUAGCUAUAUAUCUAUCUAUGUAUCUAUCAGGCAUGGAAGAAAAUGGAAACCAGUUGCAUAUCAAAAACACUGGCUAAACCACUUUAUGAGAAGGAACGGCUGGCACCAAAAUGAAUACCCCCACCCUCUUUUGGCCACGAGUCUUUCUUCUGGUUAUCAGAAAAUUACAUGCUCCACACCUAAAAGACAUGUGCUAUGAUUUCAUGUGAAAGCUGAUUGUUUGAAGCUGUGAUUGGUUGAGGAGCAACCAAUGCCCUCCAAUUUUCUUGGAAUUCCCCAUUCCUCCAACAAGCCAGUUGUCCUAUGUAAUAUUAUAAUGCAAUCUGUUAACUCUCUAUUUCCCCAUGGAAUUGGCCAUACUGGAAAACCAAUAAUCCUGCCAUCAAAUUACCGUCAAAAUCCACAAAGCUUUGUGAGUGACUACAUAGUGAACACCCGGUAAUGCCACAGUUAGAGGUGCAUCAUGGCACAGCAGGAAAGACUCGCAAUCCCCAAAAUCAAUAACAAAAAAAAAAUAGAUUUACAAAUAAACACUAUACCUUUUCUAUAGGGUUGGAGAUGAAUAUGAGAGGAUAUCUAUUUUUUCAUGAUAAAUUGAAUUUUAGGGGUAGUGAUGUCCCGAACUGUUCGCCGAACGGUUCGCCGCGGACGGCGAACAUAUGCGGUAAACUUUGACCCUGUACCUCACAGUCAGCAGACACAUUCCAGCCAAUCAGCAGCAGACCCUCCCUCCCAGACCCUGCCACCUCCUGGACAGCAUCCAUUUUGAAGCUGCAUUCUUAGUGAGCUGUCCAGGAGGUGGGAGGGUCUGGGAGGGAGGGUCUGCUGCUGAUUGGCUGGAAUGUGUCUGCUGACUGUGAGGUACAGGGUCAAAGUUUACUGCAUAUGUUCGCCGUCCGCGGCAAACCGUUCGGCGAACAGUUCGGGACAUCGCUAUUUAGGGGACAAAAUGUUAAAGAAAAAAACUAUUCAAAAAGUUAUAUUUGUAAAUUGACAAUUUUAUCAUCAGCGAUGCCUUACAUUCCUUAUUUUGUACCAUUUUUCAGGCUGAUUUACUGGUUGUCCUUCGCGGUGGGAAGAUCGUUCCGGGGUUUUGGAUACGGCAUGACCUUUUUGCCAAUGCUGGUAAUGAUGCUGUGUAACCUAUACUUCAUGUUCAUUGUGGAGCCAGAGAAAAUGCUUUUCUACGGGGCACCAAAGGAGUCCACCAAAACUGGACAAAAUAAGUGAACUUGGCCAGAGAAAAACCUCUAGUUUAAUUUUGGAAUGCGUGACACUUGUUAAAUUACAUAUGAUAACUGAGCUAGCCAUAAAAAAAAACUCUUCUCUCAUGCCACAAUCACAGACACCUGCACUUCAAGCUGUGAUUGGUUGAGGAGCAUCAUGAAGACUUGCCUUCCAUCUUUGUUCUUGGAAUUUCCCGUUCCCCCAACAAGCUGGUUAUCCUAUGCAUAUAAUCGUGCAAUCUGUUAACUCUGUCUCUGCCCCAUGGAAUUAGCCACACUGGAAAAUCUGGAAAUUAAACUACAGAAAUCACAGCGUUACAUCCUUCCGCAAACCAGGUAUUUGUACAAAUUAUUUAUAGUAUAAGGAAGAGCGAGAUCUGUUCUGUGAUUAAAGCCUCUUUUCUUUGUACAAAAAAGUGAGAUAUUUAUGUUGUAAAUAAAAUUAUUUUUAUCUCUGAAAUGUAUGCCUACUCUUUCAUGCUGAGCUGCUAAUAAUCUAUAUUGG